AUGCUAGCCCGAGGCGAAUACAGCAAUCUCGACAAUUUUCUGGAAACAAGUUCCAACCAUGUCGUCCUUGAAGGGCAACCUGGUGUCGGAAAGACGGUCUACUUGACAUACUGUCUAGUGAGGCGACUGAUUGCCGGCUUACCCACUAUUUUCGCGAAACAAAAAGAUGAUCGUUACUUGUUUUUGGAUUCAGGCGUCUACUGGAUCCCAUCCUACUCUUUCAACUUGUCUGGACAUCCGCCGUUUACCGAUCGAGUACUAGUGAAGAACACGCUCGUGUUGUUUGAUCUCAACGAAAUGCAAUCAACACCAGAACAAUUUCAACACUGGAGAGUUUUGGCAUCGUCAUCGCCGCAACCUGGGCGAUGUAAGGAGUGGGCGAAGCACCGACUGGCUAAAUCAUGGACCAUGAAGACAUGGUCGUCGGGAGAAAUUAAUUUUGCUCGGUAUUGUUCAAUGGAAGGGAGUGCUUUGAGGAAUGCAGUGGUUGAUGACCUGGAGCGGGAAAGAUUAGUUCCUUUUUGUCGCAAUAUUCUGGUAACCGAGGAGAGUAAUUGUUUUUGA